AUGUUUUCUAUUGGCAGACUCAACGACAAGAUCCUCAGGGUCCUGGAGAGAUAUGCUUGGGGGCCAGUAGCACCAGCAGCAGCAGCAGCAGCAGAGACAGCAGUUGCUGCUCCAGUCCGUUAUUCAGGUGCCCCUUGCAAUGGAUCCUUCGCAUGCGACAGCGGUGACGGCCGGUGCUGCAGUGUGGCGGUACCUGGGGGCAGCACCAGCAGCAACAACAAGAACACCUGCUGCUGCUCCAGCAUUCUGCAGCUACCUGAAGGGACAAGCAACUGCCCCUCCAGCUGCAACGGUGCAGUGCGUGAGAGCUGUGGUGGGGAAGGUCUGAGCAGCAGCAGCAGCAGCAGCAGCAGUGUAGACUACAGGGUUUGGUACGACCCCGACAGUCGGCUGUCUGAGGGUCUCGCGCUGCUCUUUUGUCAGCAGUUGCAGGCUGCGCUGAAACAACAACAACAGCUACAGCAGCAGGAGAAGCAGCUACAUCAGCCGGAGCAACAUCAGCAGCAGCUACGCCGGCAACGGGACCAGCGGCGGGAUACGGCUGCGCUGAUUGUGGAGGGCCUCUUGGCGGAGAGCAGUAGCAGCACGUGCUGCUCAGCAAGGAAAAGUGCACCAGAGAGCUCCAUACAGCAGCAGCGAGAGCUUACAUCAGCGCCAGCAACAACGGCAGCGGUAGCAGCAGCAGCAGUAGCACCGCAGCCGUUGAGCUCUUCUCCGUUGGAGGACCUGCUUGACGUUUGCGAGGGCCUCAGCAGCAGCAGCACGCAGGAGGUGUGUGUUUUUCUGUUUGUGGAGGCAACAGACGGCCGCCUUUUGGGGUCUUCUGCUGCACUUGCUGCUGAAGCUGGGGAGGCGCUCACAGACAGAAGGAUCCGCCGCCAUCCCUUGAGAAGAUGCACUCUCUCUCUGGUUUGCUGCGGCAUAGCGGCAACCGCAGCAGCAACAUCAGCAGCAACAGCAUCAGGUGGGACUCAUGAACGUUCUACGCCCCCGACGCAGCAACGUCCGUCGCAGCAGCAGCAGCACGCUCAAUGGGAAGGGGAUAGCUGCGCUCCUCGAGCAGCAGCAAACGGGAACAGUUUUAGCAGCAAGACGAACAGAGUCAUUAAGAAGCUAGCCGGAACCCUGGCCAGACUCGGGGCAACUUCUCUUCAACAGCAACAGCAGAACCAGCUGCAGCAGCAGCAGGAGCACGAGCAGCAGCAGCAGCUGUUCUCCCUGACGCUAUGCACCGCUGCUGCGCCGGCCACAACUGCCAGCAAAUACUGCCAGUGGGUAGACCGUGCGCUGCAGCUCGCACUGCGCAGGCAGCAAGCAGCAGCACCACCAAGUGGCUCCAUUGACAGCGAGGCUUCCAGCAGCCUAAGCGAGUUCAGCUACAGCAGCACAGACAAUGAAGACGAGCAACGGCAGAGGUACGUGGGAGGCUGCGGAGAUGCUGCCUCGGACCUGGAGGACAUCGGAGGGGUCUCAGCUUCCUUCUCACUCUCUCCCCCAGCAGCAGCAGCAGCAGCGGGAUCAACAGCAGCAGCAGCAGCAGGAGGUUUGCCUGAGCAGCUGACUGCGCGUCUGCGCCGCAAUUUAACUAAAGAAGGAUAUAAGCUGGUGGGUAGCCACUCAGCUGUGAAGAUUUGUCGGUGGACCCGCGCUGCUUUGAGGGGGAGGGGGGGUUGUUAUAAACACACUUUCUAUGGCAUAAAGUCCUAUGGCUGCAUGGAGUUCACGGCCUCAGUUGCUUGUGCAAACCGCUGCCUCUUUUGCUGGCGCCACCACACCAACUUGGCAGCGGGGGACUGGAAAUGGAAAGCAGACGAUCCCAACGAUAUACUGCGAGAAGCGGUGUACAGACACCUUACAGCCAUCAAGGAACUCAAAGGCCUCCCUGGCUUGCGUAGAGAUUUCUUUGAUCAGGUGGACAGCAAAGUGCUGCACUGUGCCCUGUCUUUGGUGGGAGAGCCCAUCAUGUAUCCACGCAUUAACGAGCUGCUGCACCUGAUGCACCAGCAGCACAUCUCCUCCUUCCUGGUGCACCCCCAUUUCAUCCUGUUUUUUCAGGUCACCAACGCACAACACCCAGAGGCUCUGCUCUCCUUGGGACCAGUGACGCAACUGUAUCUGUCGAUUGAUGCAGCAACAGAGGGCGACCUGAAGCGACUAGACAAACCUGUGCACAAGGACUACUGGGCGCGUUUCCUGAGGUGCAUAGACAUCCUGAAGACAAAGAAACAAAGAACUGUGUUCCGCCUUACACUUGUGCACGGCUACAACUGCCUCCUAGAGCCAGCAGCAGCGGGAGACUCCACCGCUGCACCCAAUACCAACAGCAGCUUGGGGAGCAUCAGCAGCAGCACCACCACCACGAACAGCAACACCAAAGUAGGCCGCCGAAAGGCAGACGGGGAAGUAACCAGCACACUUAAUGGAUAUGCCUCUCUUGUGCUGCGGGGGGAACCCGACUUUAUUGAAAUCAAAGGCAUGACAUUCUGUGGAGGCCUCGAUAAGGAGUCUUUGUCUAUGAAGAACGUACCAAGACACCACCAGGUGCUGGGAUUCGCUGGGGCGCUCCUGAAGGCACUUCCGGAGGGUAGGUAUGGCUUAGCCUCCGAGCACGAGCACUCGUGCUGUGUGUUGUUGGCGCUCACAAAGUACCGCCGCGACGGCCAGUGGCACACGUGGAUUGACUACCCCAAGUUUUUUGAACUUGCCCUCACCGGGAACUCCAACUUCACGGGCCUUGACUACUCGGUGCCUUCGCCGUCUUGGGCUACCUUUGGAGCCGAAGGUCGCGGGUUCGAUCCCAACCAAAGACGGGUAUUCGGGAAAGGUCGCCGGAGGAAGGAAGCAAUGGCGGCUCAAUUGCACCGCUGA